AUGUCCUAUUCAGACGGCAGGGCAUCGUCCAGUCGUGGAUCAGGGAAUAGCAGAAAUUCGAAUGGACGAACACAAAUAACGCCUAUUCAUAUUCAUCACACUCAUGUGCCGUCAAUGCCGUCGCUGUUGCAGGUUAAGUCAAAGUUUGAUUCCGAAUGGAGGAGGUUCUCGUUGACCCCCAGCAACCCAGAGGUACACUCUUACGAUAGUUUUCGAGGUCUUGUAGAGAAACUGCAUCAUUUGGAAAAUGUGCCCUUUACUCUAUGCUAUAAUGCAGCAUGUGGCGAUCUGUUGCCCAUCACGAACGACGAGGCAAGUGGUUUUUCUUUUUCUAUUGAUUUCUUAUCAAUGCAUUCUCCUGGCUUUAUUAUAUUCUAA